GGGGAUACGACCGAAAGCGGAAAGAAAAGCCCUGAAAAUGAGCGACACCUAGGCGAAGACGUCGCCGUCGGGAUCGAAGAUGUUAGCACGAUCCCUAAAGGCACGAUUGAUCCGGUAUACGAGGCAAAGGCGAGGGUAUUAAAUAGAGCGGUAAAUUUCUAAAAACCAUUCUCUCUAAUACUUCUGAUCUUUGGUCUAAUAGUCAGCAUUGUAGAUCCAAGACAUUGGCAUGGGAUGGUACCAAUGGCAGCUCUUCAUAGUCGUAGGGUUCGGUUGGGCAUCCGAUAAUCUUUGGCCGAUCGUCACAUCUCUCAUUUUCACGCCCAUUGUAAACGAGUUCCAUCCGUCGCGUGGCCCAUUACUCAGUCUUGCCCAGAACAUCGGCUUACUUGCCGGCGCCAUGUUCUGGGGAUUCGGUUGCGACGUCUUCGGCCGGAGAUGGGCUUUUAACCUGACUCUUGGCAUAACCGCCGUAUGGGGCAUGAUAGCUGCCUCCGCCCCCAAUUUUGCCGCAAUUGGGAUAUUUGCGGCGUUUUGGUCGUUUGGCGUCGGCGGAAAUCUCCCGGUUGAUUCUGCUAUUUUCCUCGAAUUUCUCCCCGCAUCUCAUCAGUACCUCCUGACGGUUCUGUCUAUCGACUGGGCCGUUGCGCAAGUCAUAGCUAAUUUGAUCGCAUGGCCCCUAUUAGGGUAUCGGACAUGUCAGCAGACUGACACGGACUGCACUAGAGCUAAGAACAUGGGAUGGCGCUAUUUCAUGAUCGCGAUGGGAGGGCUGACGCUUAUCAUGUUUGUUCUUCGUUUCUUCUGCUUCACCAUCUAUGAAUCCCCCAAGUACCUCAUGGGCAAAGGAUUAGAUGAGGAAGCGGUGCGCAUAGUCCACGAAGUCGCUCGGCGGAACAAGAAAACUUCGGAUUUGUCCAUCGAAGAUUUGACGGCGUGCGAGCCGGAAGGGUAUGAAAACCGGGCUACUGCGAGCGACGCCGUGAAGCGCAAGCUGGAAGCGCUUGAUCUUUCUCAUAUCCGGUCCUUAUUUGCGACGGGGAAAUUGGCAUACAGCACGGGCGCGUUGAUGUUGGUCUGGGCUUUCAUCGGACUUGGUUAUCCAUUAUAUAACGCUUUCCUACCGUAUAUUCAGAGUACGCGCGGCGUAGACUUCGGAGAUGGGUCUACCUACAUCACGUAUCGCAACUCGCUGAUUAUCGCGGUGCUCGGUGUACCUGGUGCCCUCCUGGGCGGUCUUCUCGUCGAAUUGCCUCACUUCGGGAGAAGAGGGGCGUUGAGUCUAAGCACGAUCCUGACAGGCAUCUUUCUAUACUGCUCGACAACAGCGACUAGUUCUUCUAGCUUGUUGGGGUGGAAUUGUGCUUAUAAUUUUACGAGCAACAUCAUGUACGCCGUCCUGUAUGCCUUCACGCCCGAGCUAUUCCCUACUAAAGAUCGCGGUACUGGGAAUGCGCUUACGGCGACGUCAAACCGGAUCUUCGGCAUCAUGGCCCCUAUUGUUGCCAUGUUCGCGAACCUUCAGACGGCGGCGCCGGUUUACACAAGUGGUGCACUGUUUAUUGCAGCGGGACUUCUCGUUGGUACUCUACCUUUCGAAUCGAGGGGAAAGGCAAGCCUGUGAAUUGGUGCGAUGUUACUCCUUAAAUUCCCCGUAACGCCUCUGAACGCCUCUAAUUAUAGGGGUUAACACCUACCUAAGUCGUAUAAUGCGUUGUUAUCAGGUCUUGUACAAUUACUUUAGGAAAAAAAUGAUACCCUCUUUUCUAUUGUUUUGGUGAAUAUGGAAGACCUGGCCCCGGAAUUUUCAUUGUGACAUUUUUCAUA